UGACGCUACGUGGCUAGCUGUUAGCUCUCCUUCCUCCUGUCUGUCUGCGUUUGAUUGUCUGUCUGUGUGUAAGUAACGUGUUAAUAACGGUGUGUUGUGUUCUUUUUGCGUCUUUUAUAAGAAAAUUAAACAGUCAUGCUGCUUCGUAAAGUGAGCCAGUCCUCCGCACUGUGCGGCUCCAUUCUCAGGGGUCCUCCUGUGAUAUCUGGGGCUCAGCGUCAUGUCGGGGCUGUGGUUGCUGUGCACAACACUCGUCUCUACGCCACACAAGCUGCACAGGCGGUGCUUGAGAAGCCUGCAGCUGUCAGCAGUGACACUGCCGCUAAAGUGGAAAAGAAGACAGUUGCUGUUGAAUCCAAAUCAUUUGCUGUCAACAUUUUCAAGGGACAGAUCCAGACUGCCCAAGUGUUUCCUUACCCCUCAGUCAUGAAUGAAGAGCAGGAGCAGUUUCUUCGAGAGCUUGUGGGGCCUGUCAGCAAGUUUUUCGAGGAGGUGAAUGACCCUGCCAAGAACGAUGCUCUGGAGAAGGUCGAAGAUCACACCAUGGAGGGCCUGAAGGAGCAGGGUGCCUUUGGCCUGCAGGUGCCAGCUGACCUGGGCGGCCUCGGCCUCUCAAACACACAGUACGCCCGGCUGGUCGAGAUCGUUGGCGCUCACGACCUGGGUGUUGGCAUCACUCUGGGAGCCCACCAGUCUAUUGGCUUCAAGGGAAUUCUGCUUUUUGGGAAUCCAGCCCAGAAGGAGAAGUACCUGCCUAAGCUUGCCACAGGCGAGCAUAUAGCUGCCUUCUGCCUAACUGAACCAGCCAGUGGCUCUGAUGCCGCUUCCAUCAAGACCACAGCUGUCCAGUCCCCCUGCGGACAGUACUUCACCCUCAAUGGAGGCAAAAUCUGGAUCAGCAAUGGAGGUCUGGCUGAGAUCUUCACAGUCUUUGCCAAGACCCCCAUGAAGGAUCCCAAGACUGGAGAGAUGAAGGACAAGAUCUCAGCCUUCAUCGUGGAGAGGAGCUUUGGAGGAGUGACACACGGCCCUCCAGAGAAGAAAAUGGGCAUCAAGGCUUCCAACACAGCCGAGGUCUACUUCGAUAAUGUUCGCGUGCCAGCUGACUGCGUGCUGGGAGAGGUAGGCGGCGGUUUCAAGGUGGCCAUGAACAUCCUGAAUAACGGGCGCUUUGGCAUGGCGGCCGCCCUCUCAGGCACCAUGAAGGCAGUCAUCACCAAAGCUGUGGAUCAUGCAGCCAACAGAACCCAGUUCGGGAACAAGAUCCACACCUAUGGAGCCAUCCAGGAGAAGAUGGCUCGCAUGACUAUGCUGCAGUAUGUCACUGAGUCAAUGGCCUACAUGCUCAGUGGCAACAUGGACAGUGGAGCAACUGAAUUCCAGAUAGAAGCCGCCAUCAGCAAGAUCUUUGCCUCUGAAGCAGCAUGGACGGUGACGGACGAGUGUAUUCAAGUUAUGGGCGGCAUGGGUUUCAUGAAGGACUCUGGAGUGGAGAGAGUGCUGAGGGAUCUGAGAAUUUUCCGAAUCUUUGAGGGCACCAACGACAUCCUGAGGCUCUUUGUUGCCCUCAAUGGCUUUCAGAAUGCUGGUAACCAGUUGAAGAGCUUGCAGAAGGCCCUGAAGAACCCCAUUGGCAACGCUGGAUUGCUCGCAGGAGAAAUGACCAAGAGAGCUAAAAGGAAGGCAGGUUUGGGCACAGGCCUGACGCUGCAGGGAACUGUACAUCCUGAGCUGGCACAGAGCGGUGAACUGACGAUUAAAGCCAUUGAACAGUUUGGAGCGGUCGUUGAGGAGCUGCUGAUCAAACACGGCAAGAAGAUCAUUGAGGAACAGUUUGUCCAGAAGAGAGUUGCAGACUGUGCCAUUGACCUCUACGCCAUGGUGGUCGUCCUGUCCAGGGCUUCACGCUCUCUGAGUCAGGGCUCUGCCUCAGCUCAGCAUGAGAAGAUGCUGUGUGAGACUUGGUGUGUGGAGGUAAGAUCCAUGUCAAAGCCAGGAUUAGGAUUACUAUAAUUAAGAUUCAAUAUUGUGUAGGACAUGUUAUUAAAAACAC